ACAAUUAUCAGGUCAAUUUCAUGGGCCUGCAAUAUAUCGACCAAAAAAAAAAAAAAACAAAUGGCCCAACUCAAACCCACAAGUCCUACCUCUGCUCUGAGCUCGUUUCUCCCUCUCUCUCCCUCUCGCUCUCUGCAGAACAGAUCCUUCCUCUCAUUCUCUCUCCGUCUCUCCGUGGAAAGCCAGAACGAUGCAGGCGGUUUCAAGGCGAUUGGGGCACCGUUACCUGAAGCCCGCUGCUUCUGUCUACCCGCUCUCCGAUCACUGUAAUGUUCCAUUUCCUCCGAUUUACACAAUUAUGGAGUUGAACAUCCGCGCUACAUAUCAACUAUAACCCCGAAGGGUGUAGGCCACCUUGUCCGGAAGGGUACCGGCGGGAGAUCGUCGGUCAGUGGGCUCAUUGCUGUAGUCUUUGGAGCUACUGGUUUUCUAGGUCGUUAUGUUGUGCAGCAACUUGCUAAAAUGGGAUCGCAGGUUUUAGUUCCAUUUCGUGGUGGUGAAGAUGCCCAUCGCCACCUAAAGUUGAUGGGAGAUUUGGGUCAGGUUGUACCAAUGCAUUUCAACCCAAGAGAUGAAGAUUCCGUGAAGGCUGUGAUGGCGAAGGCUAAUGUUGUUAUCAAUCUUAUGGGAAGGGACUAUGAAACAAGGAACUACAGCUUUGAGGAAGUUAACCAUGGCAUGGCUGAAAAAUUUGCCACGAUCGCAAAAGAGCAUGGAGGUAUCAUGAGAUUUAUUCAGGUUUCUUGUCUGGGAGCUUCGCCAUCAUCUCCAUCAAGGUAUCUGAAAGCUAAGGCAGCAGCAGAGCAGUCUGUUCUAAGAGAAAUACCCGAGGCCACAGUUUUGAGGCCUGCUACAAUGAUUGGUACAGAAGAUCGUAUGUUGAACACAUGGGCACACUUUGCGAAGAAGUAUUCAUUUGUUCCUCUCUUUGGAGAUGGAUCAACUAAGUUCCAACCUGUAUAUGUUGUUGAUGUUGCGGCUGCAGUUGUUGCUGCUUUGAAAGAUGAUGGGACCAGUAUGGGAAAAAUCUAUGAGCUUGGUGGACCAGAAAUCUUUACAAUGCAUGAACUGGCAGAGGUCAUGUUUGAGACAAUCCGUGAAUGGCCUCGCUAUGUCAAAAUUCCACUUCCUGUUGCCAAGGCAGCUGCUAUGCCAAGAGAAAUCCUACUUAACAAGGUUCCGUUUCCUUUACCUACUCCAAGUAUCUUCAACCUGGAUAAGAUAAAUGCAAUUUCAACAGAUACCCUCGUCUCAGAAAAUGCUUUAACCUUCCUUGAUCUUGGGAUUGAGCCACACAAACUGAGAGGAUACCCUAUCGAGUUCCUCUUAUCCUACCGGAAGGGCGGCCCACAAUUGGGCUCUACAGUCAGCGAGGGAGUAUCACCAGACUCUUUGCCGUAACUUAGAUAUUCAGAUUCCUGAAUGUUUACGAUCGGUGAAAAUUGUGGCAUAAAUUUUUUAGACUCGUGAAGGCGAAGGACUGAUUUCCGGUCCAUGAAUUGUUUCCCCUUAGUGGCGAUUCAGAAGCAAGAACAUCCAUCCGAAUAACCUUUGCCUCGCCGUGGAACUUGUUUAUGACUAUGUAUCAGAAAUGCAGUUGUAUCUUUGGUAUCUUUUGUAGAGUUUCAUAAAGGCAAAAAGAACACAACUGAACUUCCACCAGCUUCAUGUUAUUUGGAUGGUUUUAUCAAGGGGAUCUCUAGCUUAU